AUGUCGAUGUCGGAGAAAGAACACACCUCGGCGGAAACGCUGGUUGCUCCAGACGCGGAUUCGGGCCCUCCUGAUGGCGGAUUGCGUGCCUGGAUGGUCGUGGUCGGAGGAUUCUUGACGUACUUUGUGACAUUUGGCCUUCUUAAUUCCUUUGGCACCUUCCAGGCCUACUACGGGGAGCACAUCCUCGCCAGUCACAGCGAGAGCACAAUCUCCUGGAUUGGCUCCAUUCAAAUCUUUCUGUUGUUUAUAGGAGGCGUGUUCUUUGGCCCUGUCUUCGACACGAAAGGCGCCAAGGUCCUGUUUGUGCCCGGCACGAUAUUCUUCGCCCUGUCCUUGAUGUUCAUCAGUCUGUGCCAUAACUACUACCAGUUCAUUCUGGCACAGAGCCUUCUCUUCGGAAUUGGUGAUGCUAUGUUAUUCUAUCCCACAAUUUCCGCCAUUCCGCAUUGGUUUCACCGUCGACGGGGUCUGGCCUUGGGUAUUGUCGUGGCCGGUUCGUCUCUCGGAGGGAUCGCCUGGCCGCUGAUUUUAGACCGGUUGUUUAGCGCCGUUGGUUUUGCUUGGACGCUCCGCAUUAUUGGGUUCAUGUCACUAAGCCUACUUGCGCCGGCAUGUCUGAUGGUCGUGCCUCGUUUGCCACCCACCAAGGCGAGCGACGUGCCCAAAGCCGAGGUGAUGGCCAUUUUCAAAGACGCGCGAUUUUUACUGCUCGUCGCGGGCAUGCUGUUCGUCAUGUGGGGAAUGUUCGUUCCAUUCUACUACCUUCCCCUGUACGCCAUACAUCAGGGAGUGGACGCUGUUUUCGCCAACGACCUCGUUGCUAUUCUGAAUGCCGGCUCGCUCGUCGGUCGCGUUGUAUCUGGGGGGCUGGCGGACAAGAUGGGAAGAUUUAAUAUGGCCAUAAUCUGCUCGCUUUUCUCGGGAAUCGUUUUGUUUUGCCUGCACGUCAUGUGUGACAAAGGCAGCAUCGUGACCUUUGCCGUUCUGUACGGGCUGUUCUCCGGGGGGUUGAUUUCGCUGCAAUCAGCCUGCGUGGCCCAGAUAACAGAUAACAUGCAGAUAAUUGGCAUCAAAAUUGGCGUCAUGAUGGCCGUCUGCUCCGUGGGCGUUCUGACUGGUGCUCCCAUCGGCGGCGCCCUCAUCUCGACUGAAAACGGCGGAUAUUCCGGUCUGAUUAAUUUUGCUGGCGUAAUCCUUCUGGCAGGGACCGUUCUGUUAGCUGGAUCGCGAUGGGUAAUUAGUCGCAAUUUCUUUCAAGCCGUGUGA